AUGAGGGGCCUUGUGGUGUUCCUUGCAGUCUUUGCUCUCUCUGAGGUCAAUGCCAUCAUCAGGGUUCCUCUGCACAAAGGGAAGUCGCUGAGGAGAGCCCUGAAGGAGCGCAGGCUCCUGGAGGACUUCCUGAGGAAUCACCAUUAUGCAGUCAGCAGGAAGCACUCCAACUCUGGGGUGGUGGCCAGCGAGUCUCUGACCAACUACCUGGAUGUGAGUGUGCUGUCUGUCUUCAGUGUCAGGACUCCUCCCCAGAAGUUCACUGUGGUGUCUGAUACAGGCUCCUUGGAUCUCUGGGUGUCCUCUGUCUACUGCAACAGUGAUGCCUGUCAAAACCACCAACGCUCCGAUCUGUCGAAGUCCUCCACCUUCCAGAACAUGGGCAAGUCCCUGUCCAUCCAGUGUGGCACAGGCAGCAUGCAGGCUUGCUGGGCUAUGACCACUGUCACCAUAAGUGGGAUCUCCAACAUUGUGGACCCCCACCAGACUGUGGGCCUGAGCACAUCUUCACCUGGCGACAUCUUCACCUACUCCAAGUUUGAUGGGAUCCUGGGACUGGCCUAUCCUUCUCUUGCCUCUGAGUAGUCAGUGCCCGUGUUUGACAACAUGAUGCAGAGGCACCUGGUGGCUCAAGACCUGUUCUCAGUCUACAUGAGCAGGAAUGACCAGGGGAGCAUGCUCACGCUGGGGGCCACUGACCUGUCCUACUACGCAGGCUCCCUGCACUGGAUACCCGUGACUGUGCAAGAAUACCGGCAGUUCACUGUGGACAGUGUCAUCAUUGAUGGCGUGGUGGUGGCCUGUGACGGUGGCUGUCGGGCCAUCCUGGACACCGGCACCUCCCUGCUGGUGGGGCCUGGCAGCGACAUCCUCAACAUCCAGCAGGCCGUUGGAGCCACCGCGGGCCAGUACAAUGAGUUUGACAUCGACUGUGGGCGCCUGAGCAGCAUGCUCAUGGUUGUCUUUGAGAUCCACGGCAAGAAGUACCCCCUGCCACCCUCCGCCUACACCAGCCAGGACCAGGGCUUCUGCACCAGUAGUUUCCAGGGUGACUAUAGUUCCCAGCAGUGGAUCCUGGGGGAUGUCUUCAUCCGGGAGUAUUACAGUGUCUUUGACAGGGCCAAUGUGGGGCUGGCGAAGGCUGUCUGAUUGCAUCACUGGCCACGGACCUCAAUGUGACCAAACACACACACGCACAUAGAUGAGAUGUGC